AUGAAGGCAAUGAGUGGGAGGGUCCUGUGCACAGACCUGCCCCCAGCUCACAUGACAAGAAUCGUAAUCUUGCCCCAGCAUAAAGCUGAGCGCACAGUCUUAACCUUCUGGAGCAUGCCCACCACAGCCCAGCUCGCUAUUGUGUCGGCCAACGUUGCUGAAGGGAAGGAUGUGCGUCUAGAGAUGCGCAAUGUACCUCCUGGUGCUUUAGACUUUGUGUGGUACAGGGGGGAUAUUGCAGACAAAUACCGUGCAAUUGUAUUUUUUUCAAGAAGCAGAGGAAUAUAUGUAAAUGGUCCUGAAUACACUGGUCGAGAGAGAAUACUCUCUGACGGAUCUUUGCUGAUAAAGAAAGUCACUGCGAAUUACGCAGGAAAGUACACUGUAGUAGUCUUCCUUCGAGAUUUAAAAAGAGAAAUAGGAUUUGGACAGCUCCAUGUAUACCCACCUGUGAUAUUGGCCAGAGUCGAAGCCAGUAACACCACAGUCACAGAGAAUGACGACAGUGUGGUCUUGCACUGCUACACAAACGGGGCCUCCAUCCGGUGGUUGUUCAAUGGCAUGAAACUGGAGCUCACAGAGCGCAUGACACUGUCCAAAGACCACCUAUACCUCACCAUAAACCCCGUCAAGAAGGAAGAUUCAGGGACUUACCAGUGUGAGGCCUCCAACCCAUUCAUAGCUACUGAGAGUUGGCCCCUUGCCCUGGAUGUGAAAUCUGAGUGA